AUGGAGCAGUCGCCGGAGGAUCCUUACGCUCCUCGAGGCAUCGCGAAACUCUCAAAGUCCAAGUCCUACGACCGAUGGCUCCUCGAUCCGCAGAAGCCAUUUAAGGGGCUACAGCAGCCGCCACCCAAUCGCAUGGGUCAAUGGGCGGCAAUCGCCGUCGCUUCCCUGCUCUUUUCUCUCAUCCUCCUCAAUCCGACGGUUGUUGACGACGCUCUCUCAAUCAUGAUGAGGACAAUCAACCCCACCCACGUGGACGUCUUUACACGCGGGCUCGCAACGCUUCAAUGGUGGGAAGACCAGUAUCCCCCUCCGCUAUCGCCGCCGGAAAACGUGGAGCUCAAGGAGCAACAACCAGGACAUGUUCUGUGGAAGACGUUUAGAAUAACGCGCGUUGCGGCAUUCAACGUCGACAGAAGAAUCAUCAAGCAGACUAAGCAGGCGGGCUUUCAACUCGUCCCGCUCGCCGCGCCGCCGCUUCUUAAAGACUUAACGUGGGAUGACAUUUUCGCGGACCGAUUCGACGACGACCCAACGCCGCAGUGCCCGAAGCUGCCGCUGCCUGAAUGGUCGCAGGAUCUUCGCACGGUCGACGCGCUGAUCGCACACAUGCCGUGCCAACCCGUCAAUGGGUCGUUCGCGAGGGACGUGAGAUGGCACCAGCUGGUGCUUACAGUCGCCGAAUAUGUCAAACAGUCCGCGCGCCCCUGGAUGCCCGUGGUCGUUCUCUCCGACUGCCGCCCGCCGCCCAACCUCUUCCAUUGCAACCGGCUUGUCCACCGCGACGGGCCCGUCUGGCUGUUUAACUUGACGGUCGCCGACAUGCGCCGCCGGCUACAGCCCGUCGGGAACUGCGCGCUCGCCACCCCGGAACCCCAGCGGCUGCCAGGUCAGCUACCAGAUCAGCAACCGGCCGCCGCGCGCCGAGUCGCGUACGCUACAGUGCUGCACAGCAAGGAGGACUACGUGUGCGGAGCGAUUGCGCUGGCGAACAGCCUCCGGCGGAGCGGAACGCACGCGGAUCUGGUGGCGCUGGUUUCCGCGGAGAUUGGGAACUUCAGCCGCGGAGGCCUAGAGGCGGCUGGGUGGCGGCUGAUCGAGAUUGAGAGGAUUCGCAAUCCGUUCGGACGCGCGGGCACAUACAACCAGUGGAACUACAGCAAACUCCGAUUAUGGCAACUGACGGAGUACGCAAAGGUGGUGUUCGUGGACGCGGAUAUCCUCGUUUUAAGAAACAUGGACCACCUGUUUGAGUACCCCGAGCUGUCGGCGCGCAGCAACAGCCGGCGCUUCUUCAACUCGGGCGUGAUGGUCAUCGAGCCGUCCCAGUGUACAUUCGAGCUUAUGAUGGAAAACAUCGAACUGAUUCAGUCGUACAACGGCGGCGAUCAGGGCUUCGUGAACGACGUGUUUUACUGGUGGCAUCGCCUGCCCAAGUCCAUCAACACUCUCAAAUACAUCAACGCGGACGACGGGCCCAAGCGAGACACUGAAACGGAAGCUCUAGAUUCGCUCAUCGCGUCCGACCCGCCCACCAUACACGCGCUGCAUUUCCUCGGCAAGAAGCCCUGGCGGUGUUACCGCGACUUCGACUGUAACAUUGUUAUGAACACGCACCGGCGGUUUGUGCAUCACGCAACCUUACAAGCUCACAAAUCCAACGAAGCACUCGCUCCGCCUGCCAACAGCCAUCGGCUUAGCAGCAGCUUCUUUGGCCUUCUCCAUUCCACCCUCAUAACUACCACAAUGGCUGCUACCACCAUGGCUGCUGCUAAGAUUGCAUCUGGUGCUAUCGCUGCCGUAUCCAACCCAGCUCAGGGGACGACACUCACGUCCUCCUUUGCAGGUGUGCGCCAGCAAUCAGCCACGGCUGCAUUCGGCGUCAAAUCUACUGCUCGCACUGUCGCGUUCUUCAAGCUCGGCGGAGAGAGCGCCAAGAGUGCCGGCAUCUUCGCCAGCCAACUUCGCGAUGACUACGACGUUGACGACAUUGCCCACUACUUCAACUACUCCGGCAUGCUCGCCGCCGAGGGGUCGUACGAGAAGAUGGCGAAGAUGGUCGAGUCCGGCACGCACGCGUGCGACAUUCUGCUCAUGAUGGCUGCCUCGGAAGGCGACGUCCGCAAGAUCGAGGAGCUCCUGUACGCCGGUGCGCGAUGCGACGUGCCCGACUGGGAGGGACGUACGGCCCUGGACCGCGCGUGCAGUGCCGAGAUUAGGGAGAUGAUUCAACAGGGUGCUUUGACUGGGGCCAUCUAG